GCUGUUCCAAGAAAGCGUUUCCAUAAUGUUGCUGUAAAGAAUGGUCUAGGUCUAACUGUCGCUUGUAUGGCAAUGAGUUCAGCUACUGGUUGUCCUGCAGAUGAGACUAAUCUGACUGGUGUGGGUGAGAUCAGACUAAUACCUGAUUUAUCAACGAAGUGUAUAAUUCCUUGGGCAAAACAAGAAGGAAUGGUUUUGGGUGACAUGCAUCUUAAACCUGGUGAAGCUUGGGAAUAUUGCCCAAGAGAGGCAUUGCGUAGAGUUUCAAAAAUUUUGAAAGAUGAAUUUAACUUGGUGAUGUAUGCAGGUUUUGAAAGUGAGUUUUAUCUCUUGAAGAGUGCGUUAAGGGAGGGGAAAGAAGAAUGGUUUUCAUUUGAUACGACGCCCUACUGUUCUGCAUCUGCAUUUGAUGCUGCUUCCCCUGUACUUCAUGAAGUUGUAGCUGCUCUACAGUCGUUGAAUAUUGCAGUUGAACAGUACAAGUUUUUUGUUGAUGGAGAAUGGCGGCAUGAUGAGCACCAACCAUUUGUAAGUGGAAAUUAUGGGGUGGUGAACAUUGUCUUCUUAGCUAGGGAGCCUGAUGUGAUUCCUGCAAUUUAUACUCCAGAGACACCUGGUAGAUCUAGUAUGGAUGUGGAUAAUGAUCCAUUUUUUCAUUUGGAAGCAGUUCCAAGGAUAUCAGAGGCUGAUAUAGAUAUUUCUCGCCAACGUAUAUCUGUGUUCUUGUCAACACAUACUGCAUACGAGUUGCUUCCUGAAUCUGGCAAGGUCAUUGCCUUGGACGUGAAUUUACCAGUGAAGCAAGCAUUCCAUAUUCUGUAUGAGCAGGGAAUUCCUGUGGCUCCUCUCUGGGAUUUUUGCAAGGGUCAGUUUGUUGGAGUUCUUAGUGCAUUGGAUUUCAUCUUAAUUUUAAGAGAGGUAUUUUUGUGAUAAAUUUCUUGUCUCAUUGGCUUUCCUUUUUAUGGCAACUCUGGUAGUG